CCCUCACCGCCCCACAGCAGCAAGGCAGUGACAUGCAGGUCCAGCAAGUGGAGAGCAGGGAAGAUGGUGAGAGAGCGAAUGGAGUUCCCGGUGGGGAGCAAGAGUAUAGGGUGUACACGCGACGGUGGGCCAUGCUCGCCCUCUUCUGCAUGCUCGGACUGAUGUGCUCGCUGCUGCAGAUGACUUACGCAGCUGUGCAAGACAUCUCGCGGCUCUACUACGGCGUCUCUACCACAGAGAUCAAUCUCAUGGCCACGUCGUACAUGCUGGCUUUUCCGCCCUUUACCCUCGCUGCUGCCUAUGUCCUCCAUGUCUCCUCCCUCCAUGUCUGCCUCUCCAUCGGCAUGGCUUUUAUGGCCGCAGGCACAUGGCUGCGAUGGAUCGGCGCCACGCCCAACGGCUUCAUCUGGGCUAUCACGGGUCAGUCGCUCACCGCCAUUGGCCAGCCUUUCAUCGUCUCGACCAUGACCAUGUUUUCGGCCUCGUGGUUCGAGCCGGAGCGCCGAACUCUCGCCACUACCUUUGCCUCCUUCACCAACGUGCUUGGCUCGGGCGUGGCGUUUGGCAUGAACCCAGCCAUCGUCAAGACAGGCUCGCAACUCAAGGAUCUGACCUUUGGCCAGGCCGUCUUCACCUCGGCCCUUGCCCUCGCCACCUUUAUCUUCUUCCGCUCCCGCCCGCCGACGCCGCCGUCGCCGGCCGCCGACGCCGCCGACUCGGGCAAGGCCGUGACCAAGGCUGCCGCCCUCGAGGCUGCGCCGCUGCUCGGCGAGCAGGCCACACAACCGCGAGCGACUCCGGGCUACAAGUCGUUGCUCACCAACGUCAACUUUCUCAUCAUCCUGCUGCUCUUUGGCCUGGGCUUUGGUGCCUUCCAGUCGUACCUCACCGUUCUCAACCAGAUCCUCCUCCCCGAGGGCUUCACCACCGAGGAGGCCGGUAACGUCGGAGUGUGCGUCAUCGGUGCCGGCCUGUUUGGCGCCUUUGCCGCCGGUGCUGUUCUUGAUGCCACCCACGCCUUCCGGCCCAUCAUCAUUGCCGCGCUUACCGGUCUCCUUGGCUCGCAGUGGUGGCUCUUCCUUCGCCUCUCGCACAUGUCGCUCGCGGUCGAGGUCACUUUUCCGGUCCCCGAGUCGGCGUCCAACGGCCUGAUGUAUAUGAUCGGUACCGGCUCGGCGUUUGUCCAGGUCCUUGCCCUCGACGCGCUUCAGGAUCCACACCCGCCGCGCAAGAUGACCAACUCGCUCUGGUUCCUUGUCAUCGAGUGGACCGUCCUUUACCUCCUCUCGUUCUUCAUCCGGCCCAACUAUCUCCGUCGCGAGCACGAGCUUGCCCAGGCCAAUGCUGCUCUCGCUGCGCCCGUCGGUUCUGGUACGAGUCCUGCGCCGGCGGUUGCCGCUGCCACACCUGACCCACCGACCGGCCCAAGCCUGGCCACCGCUGUGGCGGUAAACACGUGA